UUUAACUGACAUCGAGUUUGGCAUGUGGAUAAGAAAGAAGUUUCUAGAUCUAAUUACAAUGUACAAGUAUAUAUUCUUAAUGUUUUUCGGUCUGGGGGUCCACAGCCGCUCUGUACCUUUGAAGAUAUCAUCCUUUUCCCCACCUAAUGCUACUAUCCUCUGUUCUGAAAUUUUGCACGAUCUUCAAGAGGACAAGGAAGAACAUAAUGGUCGCUUUACCACACCAAAGAACUUAGAGUGUCGGCCUUGCUUUGCUGAAUAUACGCAGAUGUUUAUCGUCUCGCUCCACCAAAUGUUGACCAACAAAUCUGAUUCAAAGUUGCAAAGAGUUACACAAAACAUGAAAGCCCUGCAAAAUGUCUGUUCAGAAUUACAUAGAAAUAACACCCAUAACCAAACGUGCAAAAGUCUGAAGACUAGCUUUCCUUUGUUUAAGGACAAACUAGUGACAUUUGUGCGAGAGAUCAAAGGAAUAAAUUGUAACAAGAUGACGGAAGACACCUUUGGAAUAACUGGAUCUUCUUCGGGGCACUUUUCCACUCAAGGCCGGAAGGUGACAAUGAAGUUACGAGAAACAGAGAAGCUAAACUGGAGAAAUGAUAAACACAAUCAGAGGGAAAAACCGGUGAUGUUGGAAUCAUAG